GUCUCCACAGCAAACAUCUUGACUGUCAUCAUCCUCUCACAGUUGGUGGCUCGCAGACAGAAGUCCUCCUAUAACUAUCUCCUAGCUCUAGCAGCUGCCGACAUACUUGUACUCUUCUUCAUUGUCUUUGUCGAUUUUUUGAUGGAGGACUUCAUCUUGAAUAAGCAGAUGCCUCAGGUACUGGACAAAAUAAUUGAGGUCUUGGAAUUUUCUUCCAUUCAUACAUCCAUUUGGAUUACUGUGCCACUAACAAUUGAUAGAUAUAUAGCAGUAUGCCACCCACUUAAGUAUCACACAGUCUCCUACCCAGCUCGUACUCGAAAAGUCAUUGUAAGCGUUUAUAUCACCUGCUUUUUGACCAGCAUCCCCUACUACUGGUGGCCCAAUAUUUGGAUUGAAGACUACAUAAGCACAUCUGUACAUCAUGUCCUCAUCUGGAUCCACUGUUUUACUGUUUACUUAGUGCCGUGCUCGAUUUUCUUCAUUCUGAAUUCAAUCAUUGUGUACAAGCUCAGACGAAAAUGCAAUUUCAGACUGAGAGGAUACUCCACAGGGAAAACGACAGCCAUUUUGUUUACUAUAACUUCUAUUUUUGCCAUACUUUGGGCACCAAGAAUAAUCAUGAUAUUGUAUCACCUCUAUGUAUCACCUAUAAACAACAGCUGGUUGGUACAUAUUGUGUCGGACAUUGCUAAUAUGCUAGCAUUGUUGAACACUGCAAUUAAUUUCUUCCUCUACUGUUUUAUUAGCAAGAGAUUUCGCACAAUGGCAGCUGCAACACUAAAAGCUUUCUUUAAGUGUCAGAAACAACCCGUGCAGUUCUAUACAAACCAUAACUUUUCAAUAACUAGCAGCCCUUGGAUUUCCCCUGCCAAUUCUCACUGCAUCAAAAUGCUUGUUUACCAGUAUGAUAAGAAUGGAAAGCCUAUAAAAAUAUCACCAUGACAAGGGGGAUCACUGGUUUCUCAGGGUGCAACUUCUUUUCAAGCAGUUACACCUACAGGAUGUAAUUGCUAAAAUGGCUAUUUUUAAGAGUGGUCAUUUGAUUUCAUUUCCUUGCACCACUAAGAGGCAGACCAGACUGUUAGAAGAG